AUGCUACAGAGGCUUCUUCAGUUCUUGGAUGGUACCGAUCCCACAGCAGGAAACGAGCCUGUGCCUGAUUCCCCAGCGUCAGACCACGCUCCGAGGGAUUCUUUCCAUGCUUACGGAGAGAACUCGUCUCAGAAUAACAACAGUGGCUCGGGUUCGCAAACGAACAUCAAUCAUUUGCACAUAAACAGCUCAACAAAAUCUCACAGCUUCAAGGUAGACCUCAUGAAGGCCUUGAAAGUCGUCAACUAUCGAGAUGGAAAAGACCGUUAUCCCUCAAGAGCCACCGGUACAUGUCAGUGGGUAACACGCGAUCCAAUGUUCAUCAAUUGGGACCUAUCAGCAAAAUCUGGUUUAUUGUCUAUAACAGCGGACCCUGGUUGCGGGAAAUCUGUGCUUGCCAAAUACCUGUUGGAGGAGGAGCUGACUGCAAGGCAUAGUGGAGAAAAUCGGAUCGUCUGCUAUUUUUUCUCUAUGGAUACCCCCGAAAGCAUGGACCGGGGGGCAUGUGCUAUUCGAUGCAUACUACAUCAAGUAUUCUUGGAAAGACCGGACUUGAUUAGUCCCGAUCUUCUGAAACGACUCCAAACGAAAGGCGAGAAAUUUCUUGAAUCAAUCAACGACUUGUGGAAAAUCCUGAUUAAUGCUGCCCGGGCUUGCAGGAUUGUGUGUGUUGUAGAUGCACUGGAUGAAUUUCCAAACUUUGGAGCCUCGCUUUGCCACAGGCUUCGAGAGCUUCAACAUUUGCCAGAAGGCAUAUCGCUCAAAUUCCUUGCGACUCAUAGACCCUACUUGAACAUCUACGAAGCUCUGGGGCCACGGAGAGAAUACACACAAAUGAUGUUAAGCGAGGACGCCCCUGCGAUGAGGAGACAUUUUCAACAAGACGUUGACACCUUUAUUAACGAAAGGCUUGAGCAGAUUGCCAGACGUGGAGGCAUCGAAGAAGGCGGAAUCGAGAUUCUGCGGCAAGGAGUUACAAGAAAUGCAAACAGAACGUAUCUAUGGGUGCAUCUGGUCUUGGGCUGGAUCGAAACGAUGCAGAACUUGGACCAACGCAAGAUACGCAGAUUGAUGUGUAUGCUUCCAUGGACCCUGGAAGAAGCAUAUCAAGAGAUCCUUCAACGAAGUGACGAACGUCCAGGCAAACGGCGCUCAUCGACACGUGACAUACUGAUGAUAGUCCUGGCUGCCCAGAGGACGUUGACCUUGAGGGAGAUGUUGGUGCUGUGCAAUAUUCAUUCCAAGUGUCAAGGUAUGGAUAUGUCCGACUUGGGCCAGGAGGACUUCAAGCGAGAACUAAAGGACAGGGCCGCGCUUUUUAUUUCCUUCGUCGAUGGCAAGAUAUACCUUCUUCACCAGACCGCUAAGGAGUUCCUAAUGGAGAGCAACCCUGAUGUCACAAGUUAUCAGGGUGACGCCAUGCAGAGGACCUUUCAAUGGAAACGAUCUAUGCGAAUGGACGACUGUCACGGACUUCUAGCUAGCCUCUGCAUGAGAUAUCAGGCGCUUGGAGAGUUCAGAGUGAAAGCUUCUGAGGCAAAAGCGCUCUCACAAGCUUAUGCUCGAGAGCACGAUCUUUUCGAGUACGCAGCAGUUUACUGGCCUAGCCAUUACCGUGACUCGUCAGAUCACGUGCAAUCUAGGCUACAGGAUAGAGCCGAACAUCUCUGCUCGCAUGUCGGGGGAAAGCUCUCUACCUGGUUUUAUGUCUACUGGCAUAUAUGGGAGUCAAAAGACCCCGUUUCAGCCAUUCAAGCGACUGGUUUCACUCCCCUAAUAGCAAUGUGCUAUCUAGGACUUGACCGUCUGGUUGAGAGUCAUUUGAGGAAAGCCAAGUACAGCCUCUCUACGCGGGACCGAGUUUAUAAACGCACUGCCCUCACUUGGGCAUCCAGGAGUGGGUUUGACCAAGUUGUCAAGUUGUUACUCGAAGCGAGAGGGUCUAGAUGGCUCGGCGCCAGGGUUAAACUAAAUUCUCGAGAUCGCCAUUGCUGGACAGCCUUAAGUCACGCUGUUUACCGGGGUCAUCACAACGCCAUAGAACGACUUCUUCAAGCUGGCGCCCGUCAGAAUAUUACUGAUCGGACCGGCCUUUCAAUCAAGCAACUUGCUCAGGACGACAAAGCAACACUGGAACUCUUAAAUGCCUAUCAAACAAAGAGGCGUAAGUGGAAGGACUGGUUCCGCAUUAUAAGCCAUUAUGUUGGGCUGUUUCUUUUUCUCUCUGCGAAAAUUUUUGUAGAAGUCGUGAUGCUCCCGGUUAUGAUUGUAGUGACAUUUACUGGGGCUAUUGCCCGGCAGCAGCGUCUCACAAUGGUCGAUAACAUUUUUUCAGGUUAUGGGACUUUCUCACAACAACAACACAUGGUGUAG